CGUUGCCAUCGGCGACCAGGUGGUGACUCUGGGAGACGGGGACGAGGUUGCUGUGGUGCCGCCACUCAGCGGAGGAUAAAGUCGGUCAGACGCGAUGGCGGCGCCGGAGGAGCCGAGAGACGUCUUCAAGCUGAGCCGUGAUUGGCUGUCUGUACAGGAAGUGGUGGACGCCGUCAGCAGCGCUUCCUGUGGAGCCAUUUCAGUGUUUAUAGGUACGACCCGUGAGGACGAGUGUGACGGCAGGAAGGUGAUUGGUCUGGAGUACGAGGCGUACGAGCUCAUGGCCCAAUCAGAGUUUACCAAACUGUGUGAUGACAUCAGAGCUCGUUGGCCAACCGUGACGCACAUCUGUGUUCAUCACCGGCUGGGGUGGGUGAAGGUGGGCGAGGCCAGCGUUGCCAUGGCGAUCUCGUCUCCUCAUCGUCACGACAGCCAGCAGGCGAUCCAGCACUGCAUCAGCCAGCUGAAGGCCAGCGUCCCCAUCUGGAAGAAGGAAGUUUACGACACGCAGGAGACGAACUGGAAGCAGAACGCCGAGUGUUCCUGGGCCGCUCAACACAAACCGCAUCCGGUCACAGAACAUAUCAAUAAUAAAUGAAUGUGAGUCAGUGGAAAUAAACAGAAGAUUCAACUGAA